AAAACUAUAUUCUGCAGCUGCUGAUUACCAAUAAUAUACAGAUUAAAAGAUUAUGAAUCAUUGAAAUUAUGUAAAGUGGACAAUGGACAGUUGAGGAAGGAUAGGGAUGUGUUCAAUGGUCAAAUACAAAAUUUACAGAAACAAAUGUUAUUAACGCAAGAAAACUUGGAACUAAUGACAAUAUCUUUCCAGAAGUCACAGAAUAAGGUAGAGGCUUUAGAAGAACUUAAACAAGAAAAUGAAAGAAUAAUUCAGCAUCUUUACGAAUUAAAAUCUUAUCUAGCUAAAAACUGUGCCGAAAAGGACAUGGAGAUUAAAAAUUUGAAAGCUUUAUUUGAAAGAGACAGACGAGCUUUUCAAAGUGUCAGAGAAUAUCAACUAGAGAGAUUGGGUAGAUUAAAACAUAAAUAUCAUAAUGCAUUAAUGUACCUAUGGGAGAUGUCACGGAAAUGUGACUGUGAUUGUAAAGAGGCGUGGGUUAAUCCCGGUAACACAUUUAAACCAAUACAUUACCCAGAGGAUGUUCCACUGUCAUUAGAUUUUAAUAGCUUUUUAAAAGGUUGUAACGGUUUAACUACGGAACCUAAUCUAACCAUAUUAAAUACAACGGUAACAUCAUAUGAACAUGAAUUAUAUAGAUAUAGAAAGAUGAAUGAAAUGUUAGAAGAUCAAAUUAAAGAAUAUGAAUCUGAUUAUACAACAUCUUCUAGUUCACUGAAAGUUUCAGAAGAAUCCAGUGAAGAUAUAUCUAGUUUACAAAGUUCCUUACAGGAUGAUCUUUCAAGUUUACAUAUUUGUGCCAGUAGUUCCCAAGAAUUAGAAUCACUAGAAAUAAGUGAUCUGUAUGAUCUCAAUGAUAAUAAUACGAUUAAGAAGGUUAAAUUCCUUGAAUAAAAUUGUAGGAAUAAACAUAAUUCGUGGUC